AUGUGUUCCUUUCACAUGACAUGUUCAUUUCUUCUUAUGUUUCUUUCUUAACACAAAAUUUUGUUCCUUUUUUCUUCCACCACACAAAAUUCCCUUUGGAAAAGUCACUGCUUUUUCUUGUUUACCUCUUUUUCUGUUGUGUACUUAUAACAGUUGAAGUGGUUCAGAAGAGAGUUGUUGUUAAGAAUUGUGUCAGAGACUGAUGGGUAAUUGUCUUGAUUCUUCUGCUAAGGUUGAUGCUGCUCAAAGCUCUAGAUCCACUUCUGGAACCUCAAAAACUACUCCUUCUAGUUUAACAAUUCCAUCAUACAGUGACAAAAGCAAUUCCUCAAGUCUUCUUCCAACACCAAGAUCUGAGGGUGAAAUCUUAUCUUCUCCCAAUCUUAAAGCAUUCUCAUUCAAUGAGCUGAAAAAUGCCACGAGGAAUUUUCGUCCCGAUAGUCUUCUUGGUGAAGGCGGAUUUGGUCAUGUUUAUAAGGGAUGGAUUGAUGAACACACAUUUACAGCUGCAAAACCCGGAUCAGGAAUGGUUGUUGCUGUAAAAAGACUUAAGCCUGAAGGUUAUCAAGGACAUAAGGAGUGGUUGACUGAGGUUAACUACCUUGGACAACUUCACCAUCCUAAUCUAGUAAAAUUAAUCGGUUACUGCUUGGAAGGAGAGAACAGGCUUUUGGUAUAUGAAUUUAUGCCUAAAGGGAGCUUAGAGAAUCAUCUUUUUAGACGAGGACCACAACCACUGUCUUGGUCAAUAAGGAUGAAAGUAGCUAUCGGUGCUGCUAGAGGACUUUCUUUUCUUCACAAUGCAAAAUCUCAAGUCAUAUACCGUGAUUUCAAAGCUUCAAACAUCCUUUUAGACGCGGAGUUUAAUUCUAAACUCUCUGAUUUUGGCUUGGCUAAAGCGGGUCCUACCGGCGAUAGAACUCAUGUGUCUACUCAAGUCGUGGGUACUCAAGGAUAUGCAGCACCUGAAUAUGUUGCAACUGGUCGGCUGACGGCCAAGAGUGAUGUAUACAGCUUUGGAGUUGUUAUGCUUGAACUUUUAUCCGGAAGACGUGCCGUUGAUAAAACAAUAGCUGGCGUGGACCAGAAUUUAGUAGACUGGGCAAAACCAUAUUUAGGCGAUAAAAGAAGACUAUUUCGGAUCAUGGAUUCAAAAUUAGAAGGCCAAUAUCCACAAAAAGGAGCAUUCAUGGCUGCUACACUUGCACUACAAUGCCUUAACAGAGAAGCUAAGGCAAGGCCUUCAAUGACAGAGGUUUUAGCAACUCUAGAACAGAUAGAAGCUCCUAAACAUGCAUCCCGGAAUUCCUUAUCGGAACAUCAUAGAGUUCAUGCUCCGGUCAGAAGGUCUCCUGCACGAAACCGAACGCCUUCAUAUGUUACUCCUACUGCAUCGCCAUUGCCAUCUGUCCGGCAAUCUCCUCGUGCGCACUAGGCGCUGGACGAGGAACGAUCUGUAUGUAAAUGUGUGUUAUUUUUAUGAGGUUGUGUUUUUGACAAACAUGUCUUGUAGCAUCUAAUUAAAUGCAAUUUUUGGUUAUCUUGAAUAUAUUAUUUAUACCAUUUUUUUAGA